AUGUGCUGUACAGAGCAAGUAAUUGAUUACUUUUAUAUUUGCGGUGUGGAUUAUGGUGUUGGCCUAGAGAUCUUCAGCUCAGGCGAAAAACGUGAUGGUUAUCUUGAUCUUCCUCCUCUGGAGCGGCCCUACAAGUGCCGCGUCCUUCAACACUUUCCUGAAUAUUCUCCGAGUUGUCCUUUCGAUGAGGAAUCCACUGCAUUGGUUACGAUGCCCCAAGGUCUCAAUAUAUUUGGUCAAAGUAGCCCAUUAUUUAACCGGUUUCAUUUGCCCCAAAGACAUACUUUUAUAAUUACUAGGGAAGAUGGUACUCGUGUUCACGGCUUAGCACUGCUUUUCUGCGAACUAGUUACACAUGAAGGCUUUAAAGAGGCAGUCAGUUCACUGCAAAUGAUGUACACUGCAGAUCUUCAGUCGCGUAGACUCUCAACGCCUACAAAGGACGAACUUAACCCAGGGGUUAUCAAGGAAUGCUUUGGGAGUCAGGAAGAUUCUCUUUUUACUACAAAGGCUAUCGGUCUUUUGUCUCGUCAUCCGUUCAUUUUCGGUUUAUUUAAUUGGUUGGAGGAUUUGUGGGCUAUGAUGUAUAUUUCUCCUAGUACUAAAUGCCUUCAGUCCACUUUGGAACAAUGUAUUCAUGAUAUGUUGUUUAAAACUAAACUUCCUACUAUUGGUCAAUAUGUAACGUUUACCACUCCAUUCAGGACUCAUUAUGGUUAUUGUCCUGCACCCAUAUCACCUAUAGCAAAUUUAAUGAAUGGACAACUAAACCAAAAAUACUAUGUAGAAUUAUCAUUAUUUGAAUAUUCUCUUGAAGAAUUAUUUGAAUUGAUUGAUUUGGAUGAUUUUAUUCGUUUAUUCACGUGUACGCUUCUUGAGUAUCGUAUAAUUUUGUUCUCAAAAGUGUAUUAUCGUCUGAUGUUGAUUGCUGAAUGUGUUACUUGUCUGUUAUUACCAUUUUAUUGGCUACAUGUAUAUGCUCCAAUACUACCAGUAUCAUUAACUCAUUUUGUCGAUGCUCCUGUUCCAUUUAUCAUGGGUAUUAACAUACCAGAUCCAUGUUAUAAUAAUAAUCAUCAUCAUAAUGAGAAAUAUCCAUUUAUUAAACAAUACGUUUCAAAUAAUCAUACACAAGAAUAUUUCUACUCCCCUUCGGUUGAGUUAGCUAGUGAAACAAACGUCUGUUAUGUUUAUAUUGAUGAAGGAAGAGUUAUUGUGCCGGAUGAAAUUCCUGAAUUUCCAAAUAGUCAAGAUACCAAACAAUCUUUAUUAGAGAUUUUAAAAUUAGCUAAACAUCUAUCAAGAAGUUUCAAUAAUCAGAUUACAACCGAACAGAAUACUGUUCAGCAUUUGACAGAUAUUUCUCAGACUACUGCACCUAUUAGUUGUACAACACCACAUACAGCGGCUCCUGUACCUAGACCCAAACCCCCUAGUUCACUGAUAAAUUUCACUGGACUUCAAAGAAAAGUAUCUUUGACUCGUUCCAACCAAUCACAAUCAGUUUGUGAUCAAGAUGAAUUAACAAUAGCAAAAGUGAAUGAUUCAUCUACGGAGAAUGCUGAUAGGCAACGACAAGAACAAUUCUACAUACGCAACAAUAAUAGCAAUAAUGUUAGUGCAUCAGACAAUAGUUGUACAAAUCAAAUAAACUAUUUUGAAGUUUGUUCAAAGGCAGCUAAACAGAUUAUUUCGAAAGAGGUUUAUUCAAGUUAUACCGAAUUAUUACAUAUAAAUGCAGCUAUAAGAAAUUUAUUUCUUGCCAAUUUUACAAUGAUAUUUCAAGAUUAUGAAAAUUAUUUAAUAUUAGAUAAGAAUGGACAAAAACCAGAUAAUGGAAAUGUUUCCUGUGGUCUACAUGGAUUUGAUAAAGUUGGCUUUUUAAGUGAUCAACCAGAAACACAUUUACCUUUUUUAAGUGCAUUUCUAGAAACACAAAUGUUUGCCAGUUUUCUAGAUUCACGUAUAAAAUGGCAUAAUUUAUCACACAAUAAAAUUAUGCAUAAUUCUAAUUCACCACCAAUGCAUUUAACUGUUUUUCAUUUAUUGCUGUCAAGAUCACGCCAUGAACGAAAAACAAUAUUUCGAUCUAAUAAUAGUAAUAACAAUAAUAAUAAUACUUUAAUGAAUACAACUUUAUUACCAGAAAACAUUAAUUAUGAUGUGAUGUUUGAUUAUAAUCAACAACUUCAGUACAAUUCAAAUUUUCCUGAUUUCAAUUCUAAGCCAAUAUUUGAAAAUGUAAAUUGUCAAAUUAAUAAUAAUAAUCACUUACCAGACUUAUUAUAUGAUAUUAAAACUGAACCAAUUAUCACUACCAACAACAAACCACCUACUUACAAUCAGGUAUCAUCGAAAUCAGUUCACUCAUCUGAAUGUGUACUACCAUCGUCAUCAUCACCAUCAUUCAGUGUCGUUAGUGAACAACAAUUUGGUAAAUUUCCAACAUUAAAUAAUCACAUGCUACGAUCGUAUGCGUCAUCAGCUGCAGAGACAAUGAUGUCUCCAAGUCACAAACACUUUUUGUCCAAUCCUUUUGGUAAUAAUAGUAGUCAACAAUCAAAAUGUAAUAAGUGUUCAUUAUUAUCCACACAUGGUUCCUGUACAUCACCUUCAUUAAAUCACUACUAUCUUAAUGCUGUUUCACAAUCAGAUAAAACUAGUCGACAUAUUAUAUCGCCAUCAGCCAAUAUCGAAGCCGCAUCAACAUUAGCGUCUCAAUGUUUAAUAUCAAGUAAUCCGAUUGGUUGCAUGUCUACACCGACUAAACGAAUUGUUCCUUUAUCUUCUAUCAUCAAUACUAUGAAUACAGAUGCUUUAAAUAAUUUGAAUAAAUCAGAUAAUGUGGAUUCUAAUAUAUCCAAUGGAAAUAAUACAAAAUCAGUGAAUCGUUGUUUUGUGCAUACACAUCAUCAAUUCGCUGAUUUACAACGUAAUGGAAUGGCUCAAGCUAAUUGGGAUUUUGUUGAUGCUUUACUCGAAGAAUGCAAGCAUAGGACUAAACGAAUGGUUCUCAAGAAAAUUGGUCAAGAAGCAGUUGAAAUGGGACAUUGUGAUCCAAAUAUUUCUGUAGUUGAAGAAAAUACACUAGUUUCUGGUUUAUGUGAUCUACUGGAACGUAUAUGGUCACAUGGUUUGAAUAAAAAAAUAGGUAAAUCAGCUUUAUGGUCACAUUUAGUUUUUUAUGCUAGACGUGUUGAAUUAAUGAAACAAACUAAUAAAGAAUUAGAAAUAAAUGAUUCUGAAUUACUCAACCUUGAAUCAUCACCUCCUACAUCAUCAUCGUGUAGUGGUUCACCGCGCAUAUCUGACCUACGAAGUGUUAAUGUUGGCAGUGAGAAUUCUCUCCAACCAUCGGAUUCGCCAUUAUUAUCACCUGAUUUGCAACAAAAGUCAUCACAAACUGAUACAAAUUAUUCAGGUUGCGGCUCGUUGAAACGUGUCUGCAAGUUUUCAAAUGAUGCAGUACAUAUGAUGGAAUCUAAUCAGUUAUCUAAAACAACUCCAUCUUCUCACCGAUUUUCACGUUUUCCUUGGCAAGAUCCAUACUAUCCAUCCACUAUAUCCUCUUCAUCUACUUUUUCACCAAAAUUAUUAUCUAGUUUAAAUAAUUGGAGAACGAAACUUCAAAUGUUAGACGUUCGUGUUUCUUCUAAUCGUGCUCAAAGUGCUUCAUCUCGACAGAAAUAUCCCAGUCCAAUUUCAUCUCGUUUAGGUCAAUCUUCUAAUAACAAUAGUCUUGGAAAUAGUAGUAGUAGUAGGAGCAGCAGUGUCGGUAAUGUCAGUGGAUCACUUACUCCAAUAAAUAUAAGUGGUGCUGGAAUGAUUUUAGAUUUACGUAAAAUAUUUGGGUCAAAAUUCAUUGAACAUUCAUUAAUUGACGAUAUUUAUUCAAUUCAAUCAAUGAAAACUGUUAAAACAGAUAUUGGUUUCGCCAGAGCAUUUGUUCGUUUAGCUUUAGAAAAGAAGUUGUUAUCUGCACAUCUUACUCGUCUGUUAAUGGAUACUAAACUUUUAAGGCACUUAUAUACAAGAUAUGCUUUUUUAAGAUGUGAAGAAGAACGUGAACAAUUCUUAGUACAUUUAUUAUCAUUAAAUGCUGUCGAUUAUUUUUCAUUUACACGAAUGAUUAAUCAAACUGAAAUUAUCUACGAAAUAUUUAUAUGUACUGGUCGAAAGCAUAGUAGUGGAAUAACAUCGACAGCAAAUGCAUGGAUUAAAAUUCAUGGACAUUUUGGAUCAACUCAAGUGAUCAAAAUUCCACAUGGUCACAAUCUUGUUGAAAUCAAAAAUCGUAAUCUUGGUUUAUUGUCUACAUUACAAAUUGGACAUGAUAAUACUGGUUCAGCUCCGAAAUGGUUUAUUGAAUUCAUUAUUGUUCAUAAUCGUAUUACUAAUCAUUUUUAUUUAUUCCCAUGUUAUCACUGGUUCGGUUUAGGAGUUGAAGAUGAUGCAUUAGAACGUAUUCUCAUUGGUGAACAAAUCCGUAUUGCAUCAAAUGAUCCAUAUCUCCUAUUCACAACUCCAUUAACGUUAUCAUCAGAUCCCAUAGAAUGUUUACAAAAUUUGCCAAAUCGUUGUCUAUCACCAUCACUGUCAAGACGAAACUCGGACCAAAAAAAUUUAAACUCUGUCAUAAUACAUGAACGUGUAGCUAAUGCAGUGAAUUGUUUAUUAAAAUUCUUCUGUAAAACAAAUCAUACUAAUACAAUGACAACUAGUUUAACAUCAUUAUGGUGCGGUGAACAUGGUCUUGUACCAGCUUUACAUUUAGUUUUCACUUAUGGUUUUCGUUCAAGUCGUAUAUUUCAACGAAAAAUGUAUGUAUGGGAUUAUUUCGAAAAAGUUGCUAAUGAUUUCUUGGCGAAACUUCAGCCUACUAAUCUUGAUCGACAGAACCAACAACAACAACAACAGAGUAUGGAUUUCCGAGUACCAGAAUUGCAAACUUCCAGUAGAAUUAACUAUUUACCAUUCUCUACUCAUAGUCUACCACGUUCAUUAACAUCGAAACAUAAUUGUUGUAGUCAAGGCAAUAAUAAUAAACAUGAAAAAAUGUCAACGUUUACAUCUGUCAUUAAAUCACAUGGAUUACUGCCACAUUCACCAUCAUUUUCUGUUGUUAAUGAAGUUUAUUCAAAUUAUAAUCAUAGUCAAUCUAAACAAAACUAUGCUAAUACACGUUCUAAUUUAAUCUCAUUUUCACAACCUGCUUCACCUGCAUUAUCUCGUUUAAUUUCAAUUGGUGAUAAUUUGAAUACAUCACAAAAUGAACCUAUUGAUAUUUUAAUAAAUAAUAGAUUAGCUUCAAUGCCCAAUUCUAUACAGCAGUCUGCAUUACAGUUUACUAUGUAUGUACAAAAUAUCACUAAUAAUAGUAUGAAUUUUGGUAAAGAGGGUAAAUUUCAGCGUUUUAUUUGUCAUGCACUUCGUGAUCACCUACUCUCUGAUUGGUUAUCUAUAUUGGCAAUUAGUCCUAUCACCUAUCAUAUGUAUGAACCAAGAAGUUUUUUAUUAAGCCAUGAUUUAAGAAAAAUAAUACAAGAUUUGUUAACUUCCCUGGAUGAAUUCAGCUUAACGUUUGAACCUGCUCUACUUGGUAGUGAUAAUUAA